AUGCCCGAUGCGCGAUCGAUUGGCGACGCAAGACGGAGGCAAUCGACAUUGAUCAAGCAGGCGUGUGAUGCGUGUAAGCUGCGUAAGGUGAAGUGUAUCUACGACGUCUCGUUCCAAACUACGAAUGCCGCCAGUAAUCCGUGCCAGCGGUGUUUGCGACUGUCCAUCGAAUGCACCUUUUCUCUGCCUCAGAAGUGUCGUGGGCCCCGGAGGCGUCGAGACGAUGUCGGGUGCGUCGUUAAACACUACUUUGACACUGAGACUUCUAAGCUAAAGACAACUAAGCAAGAACAACACUGCCACUGCAUCAUCAGGACCAACAUCGACAGGAAAUUCAUCAAAUCGGAUACCCCUACCAGCAUUGCGAAUUNNGGAUCCUUGCGCCGGCCUGAAGCCAUAGCUUUCGAACCAUCAGGGUCUGUGGAUUUGUUGAGCAGAAGUGUGCCGUCUAGGUCUAUCUCUGACCUCUUGAACAAUGAUAGUGCUCCGGUGAACGCGUUGCUAUCCACUACGCCAGCGUCGCUAAGCGAUACUAAUGCUUGUGACGCAACGAACACUCCGGUCCACCGCUCCUAUCAGACUGAUAGUCUAUGCUCUCGUGACCUUCUGGAGCGUAUCAUGAGCGAUUAUCUUGAUAUCAUGUACCCGGUCGUACCUGUCGUUCAUCGUCCCUCAUUGAGACGAGAUCUUGCCGCGGGAAGAGACGCAUGCGACUCCGAUUUCUUCCUGCUUCUUGUUGGCAUUUGUGCCGUGACGCUGGCACUAUGCUCGUCUAGGUUUGAACAGUAUCGACUCGUUGAUCCAACUUUACCUUUCCAAACACCAGAGGCUAUGAUCAAUCACUGCUAUGACUUGUUGGUUUGCCAUCGAGGGGCUAGCUACUACGACCAAGUCAGCCAUCAGAAAUGGGCAGUCUCAUACUGCUUCGUGACAGCAUUCUUUCAGAUCGGGCAUCACAAUCGUUCGCGUAUGCUCGAGAUAGAGUCGAUGCAGUUGGCACGCUUGCUGGAGCUUCACCGCGCAUCAACGUACGAAGGUCUCGACUUGAUCGAGGCCCAACUAAGAAGGAAGGCCUUCUGGUUGAUAUUCUACAGCUUGGUGCACAACAAACUACAGUUUGCUCGGAGGGAGCGUCUUCUCUACCUGGACUGCUCGAUGUUGCGAUCAAUCGAUUUCGAAGCUCUUUUGCCAGCUGAGGUUGAAGACGAGUACAUAACACCGGAUGCUAUACUUCCACGGCCACAAGACGACAAUAACACCAACAUCAUCACCGCUUUCAACAUUCACUCCAAAGUCUUCUGUACAGCACUGAUGCCAUUAUGGCGUGUCGCUGAUUCGACAAGCAUUGACCCAUCUCGCGCGGACAGCGACCGAUGUUGUGGUUGUGAAUGUCUUGAGGUCACACUCCAAGUUCAGUCGCUCGAAGACAGAUUUGAAGAGCUAAGAUUUAUGCUCGACAAAUGUCCAUCUCGGCUGCGACCUUGGGCACCUAUUUACGAUGAGACUCCACACCGCACGACGAGGACUCAUGUUGUCGAUGCCCAGAUGGAAGUCCUCCGGGCGAACAUUCACGUCACUCAUCUGUGGCUGCAAUCUGUGAUACUAGACAAGAUCGAUGGCCUGCGGCUGAACAACCCUUCUCUUUCGGGACCAGACCCAAAGACUCUAUGGUCCAGACGUGAAGAAGUUGCUCGACAGAUGCUGCAUGUCUUGCAUAGCUUCUCGGAUGAACCACUCGAGCCGAAUGGCUACCAUACGUUCUGUAAGAUUCGUGAUGUGGCUGUUUCAUUGCUGAAUUGUCCUUUCGAAGAAGGCGAUCGCGUCGCAGUCAGAGCAACCGAAUACCUGCAUCGCUUUACAGAAAUAUUGUGGCGCUUAGACAAGAGCGAACUACUGAACUCUUUAAGCCUCCAGAAUUGGAUCGAUACUGGACGGCGAGAGUAA